GUACUGAACGCCUCACUGUCCUAGCGUCCACUCAGCGUUAUUCGGUAUCUCUUCAAAACCGAGAAGCAUGCUAUCCUUCGGAAGUUAAGCCCAAUCGACAAGCCUCACUAGAACGACUGAAGUUUCAUUUUCGGUCAAACUUUAUUUUUCAAAAGUUUUCUUACUGCUGAAGUUAUUUUGGACACAAACUAUGGCCUCCGCAGGAGCUGCCUGUCUGCCUGCUGUACGCAGGAUCGCUGUCUUCGGAGGAACUCACGGCAAUGAACUGUCCGGGGUAUUUUUGGUCAGACAUUGGCUGAGGGACAAAUCUGAGAUCCAGCGUGGUACAUGCGAGGUUCAACCCUUCCUGACCAACCCGGCGGCUGUAAUGAGGUGUACCCGCUACGUGGACUGUGAUUUGAACCGAGCCUUUACUGCGGAAAACCUGAGCAUGCUGCCGUGUGACUCCAUGCCUCAUGAAGUUAAGUUAGCACAGCAAAUAAAUCAGACGUUUGGACCAAAAGGAAGUGAAAACGCCUAUGACCUUGCUUUAGAUCUUCACAACACAACAGCCAACAUGGGGAACUGUCUGAUCCUGAAGACCUCCAAUGAUGAUUUUACCAUUCAGCUGAUUAAUUACAUCAAGAAUACGCUGGCAUUUAGUAACUGUCAUGUGCUUCUGCUCGAUAACCCUGCCGUUCAAUAUGGUGCAAUACGAAUGGUUGCAAAGCACUCUGUAGGUCUCGAAGUAGGCCCUCAGCCUCAAGGAGUGGUCAGGGCAAACAUUUUGGAAAACAUGAGGAAGCUGGUGAAUAGUGCUUUGGAUUUCACACAUUUCUACAAUGAAGGCAAGGAAUUCCCCCCGUGUACCAUUGAUGUUUACAAAGCUUUUGAGAAAGUCAACUACCCAAGGGAUUCAGAAGGACAGAUUAUAGGCAUCAUUCAUCCUCAGCUGCAGGAUAAUGACUGGAAUCCACUGAAUCCAGGUGACCCCUCAUUCCUGACCUUGGAUGGAAAGACCAUUCCUUACAAUGGGAGCAGAGCUGCGUAUCCAGUGUUUGUGAAUGAAGCCGCUUAUUAUGAGAAGGAGCUGGCCUUUCUGUUAACUCAGAAAGUUACUCUAAAGGCAAACAGUGUGAAGGUUUCUAAAAAUUAACUCAAACAAUUCCUCUGGAGGUCUUAAGAGCAGUAAACCAGACCAAAGACUAAUGCCAUCAAUUCUGUGCGCAAUAAGUGGAAAAAAGUGUUGCUGCUUUUGAUUAUUCUCUUUUUUUAAAAAAAAAACAAAGAGGAGGGUAAAGGUGCUUCCAAUCUCUUUUGAGCAGUCGGCUGAGGAAAAGCAGGCGCUGCAAGGUGACGCAAGUUUGGGUUUCUUUUCCCCAAACCUGGUGGGAAAGGGAGAACUUGGCUGAAGUGGGAUAUUAAGUACGUCUGUCAUCUUCUUCUGUAGCCCAUCACACCUGCAGGGGCAUAGGCCGUCAACAGCAGCUCACCCGAGUCCUCUGUCCUGGACCAGUCCUUCAAGUUGCCCCCAGGUGAAGCCCAUCUUCAAAGAUCCUUCCUCUCCUGGGGGUGAGAGCAUUUCUGUAGCACUGAGAUUUUACAGGAUGCUAACCCCAUGCCCAACUCUCUUUCUUCCACAGCCAGGCUUGGCACCGUCCAUAGCGGAGUUGUACUAUGUCCACUCAACUGAAAACAGUUUGAAAAUCUUGAACUUUGAGCUGUUAACCCUAACUUUCCUGGACUCAUGGCCAGCAGCAUUGGAAGAGCGCUGACUCAUUGAGGAAUUAUCGUUGAUUAAAUUUCAGUUAAUUUCCCCUUUAUACACAGGGCGCUGAAAUGUAGCUUCAUUUCAGACACUGUUAGGACAUCGCAAUUUAAAUUUACAACAGUACAAGUUUUCAUGUUGCUGUGAUCUCUGAUGCUUCACUCUGAUAAACAGUUACAGAAAGGUAAAGUAUCUUUUUUUUAAAAAAAGGUUAAAAUUCUUUGUAAACUGCAAAUAAGACACCUUGUUAAGAAUCAUAAGGUAGAGGAGCAGGAUUAGGCCAUUUGGCCCAUCGAGUCUGCUCUGCCAUUUCAUCAUGGCUGAUACAUUUCCUUCUCAGUCCCAAACUUUUGCCUUCUCCCUGUAUCCCUUCAUGCCCUGAGUAAUCAAGAUUCUGUCAACCUCUGCCUUAAAUGUACCCAAUGAUUUUGCCUCCACAGCUGCCUGUGGCAACGAAUUCCACAGGUUCACCACUCUCUGACUGAAGAAAUUCCUCCUCAUCUCUGUUGUAAAUGGAUAUCUCUCUAUUCUGAGGCUGUACCCUCAGCCCUUAGACUCUCCAACCACAGGAAACAUCUUCUCUACAUCCACUCCAUCGAGGCCUUUCAACAUUUGAUAGGCUUCAAUGAGAUUCCCCCUCAUUCUUCUGAAUUCCAGUGAGUACAGGCACAGAGCCAUCAAACGCCCCCCUUAUGAUAAGCCUUUGGAUGUGGAGAGGAUGUUUCCUAUGUUGGAAGGUCCAUAAAUAACAUAACAUAUAACAUAACAUAUAACAAGCCUUUCAUGACAAUGCCAGUGAGUGUGGAACUGAGGUGAGGUGCAGGCAACACACACAAAACCAAACAGGCCAGGCAGCAUCAGUGGAAAAGAGCAGACAGUUGAUAAUACAGGUUGAGACCCUUCUUCAGCCCAAAGCAUCAACUGUUUGCUCUUUUUCCAGAGAUGCUGCCUAGCCUGCUAAGUUCCUCCAGCAUUUUCUGUGUGUUGUUUGAUUUCCAGCAUCUGCAGAUUUUCUCUGGUAGGUGAGGUGUAACUUAGCUAAAAUAUCCAGUACAUCACUGGACACAGAAAACCAGGGUGGAAAUGGGAAAGCUACUACAAUUACUGUAGAGACCAGGAGGUAGGUCUCUAGUGCGUCAAUAGUAGCUUUCUCAUUUCCAACAAGUCCAAAAGCGAAGUAUUGUUCAGCGAGGUCUUUAUUUUUCCCCAAAGGAAACCAGUAGUGAGGUUGAGCUAUGCAUUACACUCAGUCUUAUAGUUUAUAUUAAUCUUCAUGAAAUCAUUACAAACCUUGUCCUGUUGAAUUUAUCUCUCAUGAAUCCUGUUCUUGAAGGUAGAUGAAGCCUGUGGAUGAGAGAUGAAUCUGUGAUCUGCUAAAGCUCUUUAAACUUGACUUGAGAAACUUUAGUCGAGAUAGAAUAGGAAAGCCCACAUCCUGGCCAUGGUGUGCUGUGAAACUGAUGUCUCGUUAUCAUGAAGUUAUUUACAUCCUCUCAUUAGAUCCCUACAUUCUAGCUUCAUCUGACUGCUGCAGACGUGUGUGUGGCUCAGCAUCAAUGCUACUAAAAGUUGUAUUUCAGUGGAGAUGUUGGGGGGGGAAGUAACUUCCUGUUAUAAGAAUGUCAUAUUGGUCUGAGCUAAGGAUAACCAGUCCUUGAGACUAGGAAUGAGAAUUGAGAUCAAUCAAUAUAGAAGCACAAAGUUUUAUCCUUGGAGCAGAGGAGAAAUACCCGGUUACAGGUCCUCCCCAGGCAGGAUUCCAUUCUUCUGACCUGUUCGUAACUCCGACCCAUUCGAAAUGCAGCCACGAACCGGGUUCUCACACGAUAGGAGUUACCUGCAGCCAGCUAAAGCAUGGCACCGGAUUCCCAAGCACUUAUUAUUAUGCACAGCUGGACGCAAGUCACAUGUUCAUAACCUGCAAAGAACCCUUCUACAGUCAAACUGCAGUUCUGAACUUUGAUCUAACAAUGUUUUCCAUUCGUAACCUGAAAAAUAAUUAUUUUUUUAAGUUAAUUUUUGAAGGUAUGUGUUUUUCCUCCACCUAAUAGCUAAACUAUCAAGUAACUCUUUACUUAAUUCUAACUCAUAGGUUCUUCAGAUGUAAUAAUUUCAGAAAAUGCCACAGUUAUGCAAUAUUUAUUUUAUAAAUGAGAGGAUUAUAAAAUUCAUAUUUUAACCAAUCUCAGGGCAAAAAUUAAUAUAAAACUCUCUAGCUGACUGCAGACUAAUUUUCAGUGGUAUUUUUUCUUGUUAUCCAAGUUUGAUUUUUUUUCUCGAUUUGCUAAUUUUACUCUUUAUUUCAAGCAUGUUAAUCAUUAGAAAUGUCUACAAAUUCAGUAGAAUUUGUAGAAAGUUAGAUCUACUUUAAUAGUGUUUUUGGUUUUGAAGUUUAGUGGUAUGUAUCAUGGUUAAUUAAACAAAACCUAACCUUGUCAGGGAGCCUUCCCAGGCAUACUGUAUGUGACAUCCAUAUGUUGAAUGUUUACUUUCUUUCCGAAAAAUAGCAAUUAUAAUAUUGUGUAGGCAGAAGUAUUUCUUUUGCUUAACAAUUUCUUCAUUUUUGAUAGAUUUUGUUUUGAACCAUCAAUGCGUUUCUCUGGUCAGUAUUAAAGUAUAUUUUUAAAGUUUAAAAAUAAAGCUGAAAUAAAAUGAUUAUCUUAAAUUUUA